AUGGCCGACCUCGUCGGCUCGAUCCUUCGCGGAAAACAAAGCAGUUACGAAAUCAACGACACCGAGCUGCCGACCGUGAAGCAAUGGUUUGAUGAAAUGGACCUCUACUACGAGGGCUUUAUCGUCUUUUCCACGGUGUGCACGGCGCUGGUGAUCGUGAUAUCGUUCCUCCAUCUCUACUACGUGCUCAGAUAUAUCAGCAAUGAACAUAUCCAGACUGAUCUCUACUAUUUGGUCUUUAUGUUUCCGGUAG